ACUAACCUCACUUUGGAAAAUCAAAAAUAAUCCUUGAAAAGCGGAUUUUCGUGACGAAGAGGAAAAAAGCAAUGGUGCGAGCGUCGUCGUCGUGGUAUAGGCGUCGGGACGCCGUCAUGUCAACGACUGGAUCUAAAAAUACGUAAGGCGAUACCGGCGGUGGAAAUUGCCGAAUAUAGAAACCUCUCGAAGGGGCGGUCUAAAUAUAACCUUAACGCUAGCGCGCCUGUAGUUUUAGUGUCUUUUCGAAAUUCCGCGAUUGUGGAUAGUAGUUCCAAACAGUUUCUCCGAGUAUUUUCGUGGUAAACAUGGCGGGCGAGGUAUCCGACGCCGUUAAAAAGUGCUGCAACUUACUGAAAAACUCUCCCAGCGACACAGAAAAGUUCGCCGCAUUGUUUAUGGUCACCAAGCUAGUGAAAGGAAAACAUGCCACUCCCGCAGCCAAAGUAGCCAUUUUCGAAGCCAUCGGCUUCGAUUUUCUUCGCCGACUUCUCCUCACUACUGACGUCCCUGUCGAUUGUCCCCCUUCAAUAUACAAAUCCGUAGCCUUAUCAAUAAUAACAGUGUUCUGUUCAGAAGAACAACUGGCUACAAAGAAGGAAAUGCUCGACUUUAUACCGGUCUUCUUGGACAUUGUUCAGUCAGCAGAUGAUUCAGAAAACGACGACAACCUCAUGGCCAUCGGCGAGGCCUACAACUGUCUCAAAGGCAUCGCCCUGUUCCCUCCGGGCCAGAGAGCCCUAAUCAAUGCAGGCGCCAUCGACAGACUCAGCCAAAUCUACUCAUCUGCUAGUUUUCAAUCCGAUGAAGCCUUAAAUAUCCUCGGACUUCUCGUUGCUAAAAAAGGCGCCUUAUCUUGGGACCCCAAAGACCCUAAAGCCUUCCAUGCGCUAGUAAACAAGAUUGCCAUGGACUUCGAAACAGAUCAGGAUAAAAGAAAGUUUGAAUUGGCAGAGUGUCUUAAUGCUAUCAUCUUUAACUGUCCUAGAAAAGUGGUUUCUGAAAGUGCUACAAGUGAAAUAUGGCCUCAGAGUAUCUACAAAGGCCUGAGUGAUAUCCUUCAAAGCAAAAUAGGUCCAGCUCAAAGGAAUCCUGCUCUUAUUCUAGCCUCAAGCAUGUUGGAUUUGCUCGGUGUUGAAUGGUUGUUUUCCGAUGAAGAAAAAGGUAAACAAAUGUAUUUACUUUUAAUUCAGUUGGCGGCAAUUGAAGUAAGGAUGCAACUGGAUGGGAAAACGCUUAAAGGAACCCAGGCAAAUCAAAACUUGAUCACCGCCUCGUACAUCAUUUUGGAACUUUGUUUAAAUUUCAUGGCUCAAGACACAGUGGACUUGGAUCAGAAAGAACGCCAAAGCAUCUACACAGCCCUGAAAGGGGCCUUUACUGCCGUCAUUAACCUACUCCUGAAAGUGAUGCAGGACAAGAACAAGCCCCAGGGUGAAGACAAAUUGUUCGUCUGUGCUACAAUUCGCGUUCUAGCUGCUUGGCUAGCUCAAGAAACCACCUCAAUGCGCCAGCAAGUUUACCAACUCUUGCCUUUCAUACUGGAAAUGGCUUUUGAUAGUUUCCAUGCUUAUAAAGCUCAAAAAAUCGCUGAAAAAGCUGGUCAACCUGUCGAUAAUGAUCCGUUCGGCAAAGUGGAUAUUUUAAGAGUUCUGUUACCAGCUUUGUGCCACUUGGGGGUCGAGGACGAUGCCAGAGCUAUUUUGCUUAAAGCCGAAGGUGACAAGAUACUUUUAGAAUCCUUGGAGUUUCAUUGGACUAUCGUGAACUAUAAGAGACCACCUGUUCCUAGAGCUGAAAGACUUAAAGCCUUAACUCAACCCAAACCUGAACUAACUCCUGAAAUUCUGGAAGAUAUGAAAGACUCCAGGGUUGCUAUGAGCAGUACCUGUAACGUAUUAAUGAACAUAACUGUCUUGGAAGCUAAAUAUGUUGAGAGUAGUCCAGUUUUCAAUAACUUGCUCAGAUUUAUUUUCGAUAGCUUGCCUGAACUUAAAGAUACACCUGAAAAUUUAGUCCUACAUGGAAACUUAGCUGUAUUAGGAUUGCUGUUACUCAAACAGUUGUCUGGAAGGGUUAAGAAGAACGACUUUUCAAUUUGUAGAUAUAUUCAGGCCACAAUCCGGUUCCUUUGGGAUGCGUACAUAAUAGAUGAAUCGAAUGACCCAACUGCUUUGGUAGUUUCGAUGGCUUACAAAGAACACUGGAUAGAGUUGAUGGAACUUUGGUUUUUGGGUAUGCAAACUAUAGCAGGUAUUUUGUCUCAGAUCCCCUGGAUCAGCGAUUUUAUCAUUGAAUCUGGAUGGGCUGAAGGCAUAGUAACUUUGUUAAGAAAAGUGAAAGUUGGUACUUUACCGCCAAAUGUAAAAUCAGCAUUUGAAGACUUCUUAUGCCAUUUAGUUGAUGCAAAUGAAGACGUUGCUGACGUGCUAAAGAAAGCAGAAGCUCUUAGAAUCUGUCGGAAUCACAGGUUGAUGGAAUUGGGAAAGAAAUUGUUUGGUGACUAAGACUGCUAUAAAUUAAGAGAUUUUAUAUCACUGAUAAGCUCAAGCUUGUUUUCACUUAAUGCAUUUUUGUUUGAAGUGUAUUUGAAUGAAUAUAAUAAAUACUAUUUAAAUUUA